AUGAACUGUCAACCGCAGGAUAAUAUGGAUAAUAUGACUUCUAACCAUUCCAUUAGCGAGUUUCCCGAUUUAAAACCGAAAUCUUCACUUGGAGAGCAUACGUCGAUGUCCAGAAUUCAUGUAUCAAAGAAUUGGACACUUCCUCCUCGAAUAAAGUCUCGUGGAACAAGCCAUAGAAAGAAAUUACCUACACAACUUGAAGGUGGGAGCAGAAAUAUUUUAACGGAUGGAGAUGUUAAUACAUUUGCCCAUAAUACCCCUCCUAGUGAUAAGGGUUCACCCAAUAUGGGCAAGAGUGAUUCUGAAAGGAAAAAGAUACAAAAUCGUGAUGCUCAAAGGGCUUAUCGGGAAAGAAGAGCAAACAAACUGAAAGUAUUGGAGGAUGCCGUUGACUCGCUACAACAGUUAGUUAAGAAAUGGCAAAGGAAAUAUAAAGAGACAGAAAAGGAACUGCAACAAUACAAAGAGACAUUGGAACUUUCAUUGAAUGAGAAUAAACAAUUAAAAGAAUCUUUGACGGCCUCAAAUAAUGGCUUAGUAUGUUCUAUUUGUUUGCAACCAAUAGAAGACCCAUCACCACAACGUUCUGAAGUCAGAAUAGCGAAACCAUCUAGAAAGACAGGACGUGUAGAAAAGGUGUCAGUGGAAAAUGGCACAGAGCAAAAUAAACGUUUGCACCACAUCAUAAGUAAUUUUAAACCCAUGAAAGCUGAAAUGUUAAAGAAAGCAAUUGGAAUUGGAAGCUUUAGUGGCUCAAGCGGAGUACUUUCGAAGCUGCCGACGACCACAGGAACCAGCGAUCAAGUGGAGAAAUCAGUUACCUUCCCAAAUAGGGACCUUGCAAAGAAUGAGAAUAUGGCAACCACCACUCCAAAUAAAUGUGGCUUCUGUGAAGAGGGUUCGCGCUGUGUCUGUAAUGAAUUAGAGGCUGCAGAAGAAAUGACCCAAAAGUUAAGCACUAAUGCGUCUGAGAAGUUAAGUGGUCAUUGUCAAAGUUCACCAAAUAACUGCACUAAAUGCUCUAACAUAGAUGAAACAUGCAUAAAACCAAUCAGCCCAACACCCAGUUAUAUACCAGAAACGGAGGUUUCAUCUCAACAAAUGGAGAUUGAUUUCAAUCAGACUCCAUUGGUUGAUAACUUUCAAAAGAUAAGAAAAUAUAUGCAAUAA